UGGUGGAGAGAAUGAGCGAGAAAAAGAGGGAAUCGGCCGCUGUAGAGUCAGGGGAAAAGACUAGGACUCCAUGGCCGAUGAGUCUGGUGGUCGGGAUUGCUGUCUUCUACCUGGGUGGUCUGGGGAUCAUGCGGUCGCUAAAUAUUUUCCAUCCGAGUUUCGUUUCCUUUAUAGGAGAUGUCGUUCACAUGGUGGGAGCCAUUUUCCUUGGUGCCAGUGCCGUCACCCAGGGCCAGGACACAUGUGCUGGGCUUUCACUCAAAUCACUGCAUCUAACAGCUUUACAUCUUGCGGUUAAAGUGUCUUAUGGUGGCCUCGUGGAAUCCGAAUUUCGAGUGUUUGAUGUAUUUUCAAUUUUGGGAACACUUGUGGCCAUCUAUAUGGUUGGUUUUAAAUAUAAGUCUAGUUAUGUGGACAAAAAACACAACUUCAACCUGUUAUACCUGGUAAGUCCUCAAUUCUUUUGCAGUAAAUAG